GUUGUUAAGCAUUGUUUUUUUCAUAUCCUUCCUCUUGUAUGACCAAGUUGCCUUAGGACAUGAUCCCAUGGGUUGCAAUGAACCCUCAACUUCCACUGAGAUCAGUGUGUAUACAGUUUUGUAUCACUGUUUUAAAAUUGAUAGCUAUAAUAAUAAAUUGAUAAAAUAAACUUUUCUAUGUAUAAGGGCAUCACUGUUCUGAGCUGCUAUAUAUUCAAACACCAAAGCUGAGUACAAAAGCUAUAUAUCCUAUAGAACUGUAUUUACAUCUGGGUAUGUCUUGACUCCUCCAUUUCUAGCCCUGAUGUUUUAAACUAUAAAUCUUUUCCUAAGCUCUAUACCUUACCAUUUUUAUUUUUCUGGUUCACAUUUGGAUGAGAAAUAAAUAUUGUAAUGGCAGUACAAUAAAUAGUAAUACCAGACAGCUGAAAAUAACAGUAAUCUGAAACGUCAGAUGCAGUUCAACAUAAAUCCUUAUGGGUGAAGACAAAAGUGCCUAAUCAAUGUCAUUUACUAGAGACAGCAUGUUUUAUCAUGUGGUUGUAGGAAAAAAGAAAUGCAUAUUUCACAUAUAUUUACCAAUAAAGGAUUCAUUGUACAAAUUAAUGUCCACCACCUGGUUAGAGGGCCAUUUUUUUCAAAUGCUUUGAAAAUGAAGCAUUCCAGCUGUGAGUGAACAGAUACCUCUGCUGUUAACAAAGCAUUCUUCAUGCACUUAAAAAACCUAUUUUUCAGUCUUGCACAGAAAAAAGUGGUAUUACAGUGUGACAAAUGGCUAAACAAAUUAUUCAACCAUGAUUAUUUUUAGCAUAGGAAAUUUCAGAUCUACUGAAAAUUCUUCUCGCCUAUUAUCCUUGUUGAGUUCAUAAAUGUGAAUUCUCCCCAUACCAUAACUCCAACCACCAUAAGAAAGGUCCUCUUAGCAAGCAAGUAAUCUCUUCCGCGCCCCCCUCCCUGCCAUUCUGGCCCUUCAAAAGUAACAUGUAAUAUUUUUGAGAGGAAGCAAAAUCAAAUAAAUACACAGAUUGCAUAAAAAAGCUCAAUUUCUUGGAGUAACAUUUAAGAGUUGUGAUGGUAGGGGGCUGCUCAAUCCUCCCUAUUUCAAGUUAAUAUUACAGUAUGAGUGUAGACAGGUAGACUUAUGUUUUCUGCUUGUGGAAUGCACUAAAUUGUGGGAAAGUGGUCUCUGUUACCUAAGGAAGGGCAGGUGGAAGACAUUUUGACUCCCUACAAGGUUUGACUCUGAUCCUUCCCAUUCACUAACCUCCAAUAGUUGUACAAUGGUUGCAUUUUAAAAAAAAUCCACCAGCAAAAUUGUGUUAAAUGGAUGCUGGGUUUUACAUUCAUGUCUCAUAUAUUCAUAUUUUCCUCCUUUACAUCCUUGCUCUUUUCCUGAAGCCGUGAUCCUUCUCCCCCAGGGUUUUAGUGCUUUUACUCUCUGCCUGCUCAUUUGUACUCCUGCACACUUCAGCAUUUCUUUAUGUAGCCCUCUCCCAUUCGCCUUCCUGAGACAGCGUCUCUUUAGCUGUAUCCCCUUGCCACUGUUUCCUUGGACAGCUGCACUCCAUAGUCCCUCUCCUCAGCUGCACCCAUUUCCCAUACCACCCAUCUUAGCCCAGGCGCCUCGGCUUCACCAUGCAUCUUACUGCCCGGAGGCUCUUCUUCGAGCCCCCGCCCAGACGUUUUUGCUCGUGCCCCAGCUGGUUUAGGGGAAGGAGCGGGAUCGAGACGCACCUCCCAGCAAUUUGCCAAGAGCAACACGCCCUAUGGGGACCCGCUGCCGGGAUUCACAGGUUGCCUGGUGUCACGUGGACACAGCCGGGUCUUGAGGCUGCUACAGCUGGCUGGUGCAUGCUGCAGCUGCAGCUGCAGCUCUGCUGUUCUCUCGGGUGCACCUCCAGUGUGCCAGCGGGGCUCAUUUUUAAAUGCAGUGCCUGCCCAGGGAACCCAGGGACUGUGCUCUCCCUCUUCACGCUGGGAUCUCUUGCUCCUGUGAUUUAAAUGUCAUCAAAGCGUCCUCAAUUCAGUUUUCUGCUCGUCUCUGCUUUCUUCUGAAGCAUUAAGCCAAACACUGCAUUUCAGCAGCUCCGGUGUUUUACCGAGAAAGUCGGAUCCUGCACAUGUCCGCCCCCCUUUAAGCUAGGUGCAAAGCUGCUGUAUCCUGCAACUCCCGAAACUUCCCUGCUUGCAGCCGUUUAUAUUCUGCUAUAUAACAACGGAAAGGACCACAAUCAUACACUUGAUCCUUCUGUGGGGUGACUUUUUAAAUAAUGCAUUUCCUUCUUCCCCUUUAAUUUUUUUUGGGGGCAAGGAAAUUUGCUCCAUCUCCAGCAGCAACCACUGCUCCUUUUGAUGUUGUGGUACGCCGUGCGCAUGCGCCUCACAUUAGAAUUACUGCACUGGCCAGAAUAAGUUGGAUCUCUUCUGCUCUUCACUGAAACCCUAAAUCAUAUCAAAAGCUAAAGGGAUGUUGAGAGUCCGGAAAAGGGGUUACUUUGGGAUUUGGUCAUUCUUCUUAAUAAUAGCUAUCGUGUGUGCACAGAGUGUCAAUGACCCUAGCAAUAUGUCGCUGGUUAAAGAGACCGUGGAUAGACUGCUGAAAGGCUAUGACAUUCGCCUGAGGCCAGAUUUUGGAGGUCCCCCAGUGGCUGUUGGCAUGAACAUAGACAUUGCCAGCAUAGACAUGGUAUCAGAAGUCAAUAUGGACUACACUUUGACAAUGUACUUUCAGCAAGCCUGGAGGGAUAAGAGGCUGUCAUAUAAUGUAAUACCUUUAAAUCUUACACUGGACAAUAGAGUAGCUGAUCAACUUUGGGUCCCUGAUACCUACUUCUUGAAUGACAAGAAAUCGUUUGUACAUGGGGUCACUGUGAAGAACAGAAUGAUUCGUUUGCAUCCAGAUGGAACAGUCCUCUAUGGUCUCAGAAUUACAACAACAGCUGCUUGUAUGAUGGACCUACGAAGAUAUCCACUGGAUGAACAAAACUGCACACUGGAGAUUGAGAGCUAUGGCUAUACAACAGAUGAUAUUGAAUUUUACUGGCGUGGGGGUGAUAAUGCAGUCACAGGAGUGACAAAGAUUGAACUGCCACAAUUCUCCAUUGUAGACUACAAGCUCAUCACCAAGAAUGUUGUUUUCUCAACAGGUGCCUACCCAAGGCUGUCACUCAGCUUUAAACUUAAGAGAAACAUUGGCUAUUUCAUUCUGCAGACCUACAUGCCUUCUAUUCUGAUCACUAUCCUCUCCUGGGUUUCAUUUUGGAUUAAUUAUGAUGCUUCAGCUGCAAGAGUUGCUUUAGGAAUCACAACUGUUCUUACCAUGACAACCAUCAACACCCAUCUACGAGAGACUCUUCCCAAAAUUCCCUAUGUAAAAGCCAUUGACAUGUAUUUGAUGGGAUGCUUUGUCUUUGUUUUUAUGGCCCUGCUGGAAUAUGCAUUGGUCAACUACAUCUUCUUUGGCAGGGGACCUCAACGACAAAAGAAAGCAGCAGAAAAAGCUGCCAGUGCCAACAAUGAGAAGUUGCGAAUGGAUAUCAAUAAGGACAGAAGAAUAAUUGGCACAUAUCAUUGUCCAGAAAUGUAUUCAACAAAGAUGGAUCCUCAUGAAAAUAUUUUGUUGAGUACACUUGAGAUUAAAAAUGAGAUGGCUGCCUCUGAGGCUGUUAUGGGACUUGGAGACCCUAGAAGCACUAUGCUGGCCUACGAUACUUCAAGCAUCCAGUACCGGAAAGCUGGCUUGCCCAGACACAGCUUUGGUCGCAAUGCUCUGGAGCGACAUGUGGCACAAAAGAAAAGUAGGCUACGGAGACGUGCCUCUCAACUGAAAAUUAACAUCCCUGACUUGACUGAUGUAAAUGCCAUAGAUCGAUGGUCACGCAUAUUCUUUCCUGUUGUUUUUUCCUUCUUCAAUAUUGUCUAUUGGCUUUAUUAUGUGAACUAAAAAACAAAAGCCACACAGAAAGCAAGAACUGGAUUUCUUUUUAAAUUGGUUGUACAGCCAAAGGUGGGACUUAGAAAAAUUCUAUUCAGGACAAAAGUUACUUUAAAACACCUUAGUUGCUGGUGCACUCUGUGGUCUGUUUUGUAACAUUUGGGUUGCUUCUGCUAAGUCAUAAACAUUCUUAAUUACAGUAGAAACAUUAUCUCCCUUUUAAAAAUGUGGGUGUAUAUGAAGAGUGAAGGCAAAAAUUUAAUUCGGGCCAUUUUUUCAACAUUCCUAUGAGUUUAAAACUAUACAAAAGGGAAAUUUGGGAGACAGGUUUGAGUUUUAACAGUAGCAUGUGUCAUUUCUUUGUGAAAAUGCACAUCUAAUACACAUACAUCUAAACUAGAUUGAAGAGUGUACUAAGUUGCUACCAUGCUUAUGAAACAUAUAUACACUUAUCUUCUAAAUGUAUGAACUUGAAAACAAGCAGUGCCUAUCAUCUCACCUUCAUCAUGAUGUUGUCAAAGUUUUCUAAGCAGUAGUCAGGUAAUUGUGGUUAGUUAUUUAUUGAAAGAUUAACUAAAUCUUUGACUGAUAUUAUGAGCGAGUCAAGAGUUUGGCCAGAAAUUUAAGCAACACUAGUGUUUUGUAUUGGAAAGAGUCGGCAUAAGUUCAUGGUCACAAUGCAUUGUACUUUUGAUCUGUGAAGAAGUAUGGAUAUCAGAGUUAGAGAUGGGCCAAGCUAUCAUAGCCUAAAUGGCCACAUUGAUACGCUCAGUCAUUUGUCCGAAGUGCCAAUGUUGCUUGAACAAAUAGCAACUGUAUAGAUGGCUAAUGGAAACCAUUUGUGCCCUGCUCUUUUAAGAUAGAAGAAGGGAGACAAGUGACAACCAUUCAAGAAUGCAGCACCAGAGAAAAGGAAUGCUAGAAUUAUAUUGUACAAAUGAAUGUUGUCAGUCAUAGUUCCUGUAUUAGUCCAAAAUGUUCGUAUGGAAUUAAGCAUUUUCUUUCUCAAGCUUGUAGGUUUUCAUGCUUUACACCUCAGAAUCACUUUUAUGUUUAGCAUCUAACAUCCAAUUUAAAGAGAGUUAUUCAGACAGCAGAUAAUUAUGGGGGGAAAUAUUUUAGCUGCUUGAUGAAUUUAGAUUUCAGAACAUUCCAGUUUUGUAACUUCAACAGAAAAUUUACAGAUAGGAUAUUUUCUCCAGCUGGACUAGACAGUAACAAGCAUUGGUUUUUUUUUAAAUGAAAUGAUAUUUUAAAGGAGAUGAUUUGGUAGAUAUGCCUUUAUGUUAUUUACUGUGCUUACAUCUGCUUCAGAUUGUCUAACGGUUUCCUUUAAAAACUGGCAACAUUCAAUUUGGCCUUAGAAAGUGCGGGCCUUUUUUAAAAAUAGUAUUUUCUUGUCUUUCCUUCCAUGUAAUUUUAUUUUAAUAGGAUAAAUAUUUCAAAGCAGUGAAGGUAGAAAAGGCAAGGUAAAAAAUGUACCGCUUUAAUGAAAAAUAAAAAAUGAUGAUAGUAAUAAGAAAAAAACACCAAUGACUUCUACAGAACUAUUCACUCUGAUGUUUAGCAGAAAAUAGUUAUGAUAGUACUAGUCACACCCUAUUAUAUCUAUACUACCUCUCAACUAUUUACAGAAUUCCAUCAUGCUCUGAGUAGUAGUAUUUCUGACAUAUUAGAGGAAAACUUAUAGCUAUGUUUUCUGUUUUCCGUAUUCAAUUGCCAGUGAUUUUAAGAAUGAGUCCUUAACAUUUUUAAUAGAAAUAGAUGUUUUCUCUUUCCUUUUAAAAAUUGAACAUUUCUAUAGAGGGGGAUUUAGGAAAGACAAAUAAUUGAAGGGAAACAACUUUGAGAAUGAAUAAACCAAAUGUACUCCAUAUUUUUUUACUUCUUUUCCAAUUAUCAUUGGCUUCUGCCUCAGAAAUAGAGAAAAAAAGUUUUAUUAUGUUAAGAACCUGAAAAUUAGAUGUGCUUGAGCAUCCACAACUCUCUUCUUCAGGGGAAUGAUGGAUACUCACUACUGCCUCUGUGUUCAAACCUGAAUUGAAUGUAGAAUCAAGCUUUUGAACAUGUGAUUAGUCUUUCCAUGGCAUUCACCCAUGUUUUCAGAGCAUUUCACAAUUCAGAGCAAUGUGCUUUUGUAAAUGCAUUUGAAGUCUGAAUUUCUAUGAAUCAUUCAAACUCGUCCUGAAUUUUUGAGAGCGAAUCCACACCACAAAUUGGUAACAGUCUUAUAAGUCUAUUUUCAUGUAUGGAACACUUUGUGAUAACCCGGUGCUGUCGCAGUUUUCAUUCAAUGCACUUAAAGUCUUUAACACUUGUAUUUCAUGGAACAUAGUUUGAAUACAGGGAGCACAGUGCACACAGAUGGUAGAUAUGCCUCAAAUAUAACACCUAGUAGAGAGUAUGUUUACUCUCUGCAUUAAUUUAGCAGGGAGCUGUAGUCAAAACUAUGGAGAUCAGAUGCUAGUACUGCAUAUUAAUUUAUCUGAAGUUAUAGUGCAAGCCAUAAUACUCUCUAAUGUUGCUAUUUUCCAGGUAAGAGAAAAUGUCUGGUUUCUACUCAGGUGUCAAUGAGAAGGAUGUAUCAGUAGGAGAAAGUAGCACUUUAAUUUCCUUAUGGCUACUAAUUGCAUGUACAAAAACUUUUGGAAGACCCUUUCUAAUAUAGAUGUGUAUCUGUGAUGUGAAUAGGGUAGGAGGUUGUAGUUGUGUAGAGGAAGAGGACUGACAAAAUCCUGGCAAGGAAAAAUGAGAACCAAGUGAGUGUAAGUCAUUAUUCCUCUUCUUGGGACACUUGUGACUAAAGUGAUAAAUUAUGCCAGCAUACAACAGCUGUGCUUUUUAUAAUGUAUACUAUCCUCUGAGUAAAUCAGGCUAACUAAACUAGCUUUAGGUUUAGAAUCUACCUAAAAAGAAUUCUUCAAACCCUUCCACUUUUGUUCACUGUUGUUAGAUCCACUAGCUAAAAUAUUAAAGUUAUAAUUUAGGUAAUGUUUGUAAUAUAAUUAGAAAUACAUGUGUUGUUAUUUCAUUAUAAAGAACAGCCAGCAAUUAAGGUGUUUUUCAUAUUUGAGAAAUUCAUGGGCAAAUUAUGACUAUAAUAUGGCACAGUUUUAAUUAAUGAUAUCUUUGAGAUCAAUAUGUAAAUAUAAACUGUAUAUGACUGCUAGUAAGUAUGAUAUGCAUUUUCAGAAAUGAAAACUCAUGCAACAUAUUUCUUUGUUUGCAUAAGGAAUGUUAUGUUUCUAUCCUAUUGUGGUUUAAUAACUAGGAAGAAAGACUCAAGCAAUGUCAUUCUUAUUAUUUCCUUUAUCAUUCCCAGUGGGAGAAGAGUGGGGGAUAGAACCAGAGUCUUAAAUACUGAGAGUUUUUAGACUCUCAUACAAAGGACAUACAAUGUGUCAGGUACAAAAGCACAAUGCAUAGAGAAAGUGAGGGGCGGGGUUAUACGUAGGGAACAAAUUAUAUUUAUUUUAAGCAAAGUGUGCAUUCAAACGAAAGGUCAAAUAUCUUUUUAAACUGUGUUUCAAUUCCAUAAUUAACACAGUACUUAACAUAAAAGAAAUAAAUAAAUGUUAAACAUUAUACAAGUGUAUGUGUAUGUAGACAAAUAUAUUUAUAUAUGUCUAUAUAUGCAUAUGUGUUUAUAUACACAUGGUAUAAAUACACAUAUUCAUAUGUUGGUGUGUUAAAGGAAUAAGCUAAUAAGAAUUUUGUUUCUAUCAUCAACCAGUGUAUGAAUAAUUUUUUGAGGAAGCAAAUUAAUGUAUUAAAAAUCUUACUAUACAGGGUAACUGAGCAUUUCUAUAUCAGCAAAUCAAUGCAUAUAAUUCUUAUGAAGCAUUGCACAGUUUGACAUUUAUGAUAGUACUGUAUUCCUCGCAUCUGAAAUUAGAUUAGUCCUCACAUUGCUUGCCUAUUUCUUCUCUUUUUUUUUAAAUAACAACACUGUCCACUAGUAACUUUUCAAUAAGAAAAAGGUCCUAUUGAUACCAUGAAAAAAGCAAAAAUAUUAAAUAUUUAUAGAAAAAUAACCUA